CGUGGCCAGGUGUGUAAUUAACCUCCCUGGGAGCUGAAGCAGGUCUCAGGCGUCUGGGAGCCCAGGGCAGCAGGGCAGCUGGGCAGCCAGAGGGCACCGUCUUUACUGGUGAGAGCAGCGGCGAGGAGGGGCGGGGAAGCCGCGCCGGGACCAUGUCUGCGGAGACCGCGAGCGGCCCCACGCAGGACCAGCUGGAGAUCCUGGAGUACAACUUCAACAAGGUCAACAAGCACCCGGACCCCACCACGCUGCUGCUCAUCGCGGCCGAGGCCGGCCUUUCCGAGGAGGAGACGCAGAAAUGGUUUAAGCAGCGCCUGGCCCAGUGGCGGAAGUCGGAAGGCCUACCCUCAGAAAGCAGAUCCGUUACGGACUGAGGAGAUGGUGGGCAUUGGCAGCUUCCCUCCAUGAAGACCACCUGCUGUUUCUCUCCUUGGCUUAACCAAGCUGUUUUGGUUUGUCAGUGUAGUGUUGUAUGUUCACUGUUAGCUGUCCUGCUAUUUAACACAAUGUUCUAUUUUUUUAAUGUACAUAACUAGAAAAUAUAAUAACAAUAGGAAGCUAUGUGCAGCUUCUGUGUAAAGCAGUGGCUUGAUUAGGCAAGUAUGUGGCUUGCCUUUCCCUUUGGGUCAUGAUGACAGAUGGUGUGAAAAUCAUCUAAGUUUGCUUUUGAUCAUCACCUCCCAAUAACAAUUUACUUUCAACAUCCAUUUCAGAGCAGGCAAGGUCUCUGCUGAAAAGAUAACGUGACCAAGAGGGAGAAACAUUUCCUUCUGAAUCUACUUCCCUAAGUUGUUUUCCUUGUGUUUCAUUGAAUACAGUGAAGUUGAAUGAGAAUACAGAGGAAUAUUUGAGUCAUUCCGAUUUCAUUAAGUAGUUCCUUGGAUUAAAGCUGCAUUAGCUUAGAAAGAACCCAGUUAGGCUAAAAGACAGAAACUGCACAAGACAGAAAAGCAAGUAACUAAGAAAAAAAUCUACUAAAAUAUUUGAUUUACAUUAUUUAAAUGCUUCUGUUAAGUUUAUUUUGCUAGCCAAAGUGAACUGCUUUUUGUCUCUAAAAUGAUAUUCUAAAUAAAACAUUAACUUUUUGUUGAAAA